AUGCUCUUAAAAAAUACGUUAUUAUUUAAGAGGUUCUUGCAAUGUGUACACUUUAAUGUAGCCUUUCCUUUAAAACACGGGAAGGGGAAUGCCUGUAUAUUCAAGCGACAUUACUCCUUUGAUGGGGUAUCUGAAGAAAAGGUGGCACAUGGCGGAGCUUCACCAAUUAAAGGUGAAAUCAGGGAAGGUAAGAAAAGGGAUGAUGUAGGAACUUUAAACACAUUGCAGUAUGAUCAACAUGUAGAAUAUAGGAGUGACCCAUUUGACGGCACAUAUGUGGAAGAGGCAGACAACCUCGGCAGUGAUGACCCGUAUGUGAACUCGAACCAAGCUAAUCGCGAAGACGACGGGGAUGAAUUCCCAUCGGAUGAAGAUGAACCCCUGAGGGGGGAAGAAGAUGGAGAAGAAUUCGAAGACGAUAUAGACACGCUGCUGUUCACGAAUAACUUGAACUCCAGCCUAAUUGGGAACCUUUGGCAUGCUUCUGCCAAUAGCGUAUAUAAAGAGUCGCGCAAAAGUGCCCACGUGAAGGAGGAAAGCAGCCAAACAAUUGAAGGAACUUUGUAUAAUUACCCCAAUGGAAGGGAAAAACAGAAUUGUGCCAACGAAAAAGUGAUUCCCCCCGAUGGAAACAAAUACGAAAUGUGCUACACGAAUGAGAAGGGUGUUACUCAGGGAAAGCAAAAAAAAAUUAGUGACUUGCAUGAGCAAUUACAUGAGGAAGAAAAAAGCGGAACUACGAAUGAUUCCCACCUGGAGGGGAACAGCCCAUCGGAGGUAAUUAAUCCAAGUAGCAAAAUUGCAGAAUGGAGAGGGAAGAACAAAGUGGACUCCUUUAUCAACGAAAUAUACGAAGAGGAACAGAAGGAAGUUGAAAAAAUGAAAGAAUUUUUUGAAAAAAAUGAAAAGAAUCUGAUGAAGUUUAGGAAUUCCAUUUUGUGUAAAUUAAAAAUAUCGGAAGAGUUGCCAAAAAAAUUCAAACAUUUGAGCAAAGACACAAAUUUAUUUAAUAAUGAAAACACGAAAGAAAAACAUUACAAGAAAUUAAUUGAUUCUUUAAAUAAGCAAAGUAUCCAAGAACCUCCUCGUCGUAAACACAAGUUUGCAAAAAAUGUAAAUUAUGACCAAAUGGAGACGAUAAAAAUAUUAGACAUUGACAGUGUACCAUUAGACGUUUUAAAUAACCUGUUUGCAUAUAAAAUUGUAAAAAACUGCAGUGCGGAAUUGUGCCUGAAGAUAAUAAGUAGAAUAGGAAUGUAUAGGGAUAAGUAUUCGCAAGUUUCGUACGAAAAUAUGAUAAAUUAUUUGGGCCAAACGAUUAACCAUAACAGCAAUGCGGAAAUUAUUGCCCUUUUUUCAAGGUGCUACGAAACGGUGAGUAUCCCAUUUUUAGUCAAUUUUGUAAGAAAAUAUGCAACGUUUUCCAGAUCCUUUAUUGUAAACAUGUAUGAUAAAUAUUUCCGAAAAAGGCUCUUCGAUUUUGUACGCUAUGAAAACAAUUUUGGAAUAAGAAAAAUACCCAACAUUUUGACGCACCCAUAUCAUCUGUCAUCCUAUAUAAAAUUGUUGGGAGAAUGUUCCGCCAAAAAGGACAUGUACAUACAGCUAAAAAUGAGGGGGCAUGUGCCACACUGGGCUAAUUUGAAUCAGGAAGGGACAGCAAGCGAAGUGGAUUACCUACCGGGUGGGAUGAACUACCUACCUGGGGAAAUGAACUACCUGCACGGGGGGGAGAACAACCCGAAGGCGAAAAAGAUCACCAUAACGGAUGAUAAAAAGAAAUCCGUGAAAAGGAAAAACUACGUCGAAAGACCCAAAAUGUAUGACGUUAUUUUAUCAGCAGAGUACACGGGGCUCCCCAUUGAACAUUUUAUGGAAAAGGAGGAGGACUCUCUACACAUUAACACGGAGAAGGAAAAGCAGUUACAAGAAAAUAGCCCCAAUUUGUUAAGUCAUCCAGAUGGGGAAUUCCUUAAUGGGGAAGACGAAAAAGACGUCGAGAAUUUGUCCAUUCCCAGGGAAGACCCAACGAAUGACGCCAAAACGGAAGUUACCAGCGUGAUUAGCAUUAACGGCCAACAUGAGGGUAAUCCCACACAUCGCAUUAAAUACGAAACCGAUACGGAGGAGAAACCGAGUGAAAAUGUCAACUUCACACUGGAGGACGAAUGCGAUAUUUAUCUCUAUAAAGGAUUCAACAAAUUAAAUAAAUCGUCCCUAAAAUUACAAACCACGUUGGUAAAAACGGAGGAGGACUACUCAAACGACUUGGCUCUGUGCCCCAGUCAAGGAGAGCACUAUGAAGAAGUAGACAAGGAACAAAAUGACCAAGCCCUGUGGGAAUUGCCAUGGAAAACCAGAAGAAAAAAUUCCUUCUUUUUUAAGGGGCGCUUUUUUAAGGUCCUCCCGAAUGAAGGCUGGUCAGAAAUUAAGGAUAUAUCAAAUCAGUACAUACGGCCGAAGAGAAAAAGAACAAAACAUUCUAUCAGAAGAAGGAGAUUUUUACAAAAAAAAAUUAAAAUUAAUUUGUUUAAAAAAAAAAUUUUACAAAAAUGA